AUGUCUGAUGAUGGCGAAGACUUUGAGUCGAUUAACCUCGCAUCCGUUCAAAUUGCCUCUCAGCCACUUUCUCUGCUAGGAACGGUGCCCGAGUCAUCAGACGACGGGCUCGAUCCAAAUGACUUUCUCACCCAGAACCACACUGAUCUAGAUAAGGACAGAAACUCGUCAAGCAAUAUCGGAACAGAAGAACCCACUGCAAACGAGGAUCCCCACCGAUCGACUUCUUUGCUGACAAGCUACCUUUAUGAGAGCACAUUGAAGGAAUCAAUGUCUCCCUCAGCUAUACAGACAGAGGAGCAUCUGUACAAUGACAUGGAUAACGUAUGGCAAACACACCAGCAUGACGAGCUGCUACUACAGUUUUUGCUCGACAGACAACAGGAAAUAAAGGAGGAAAUGAAGCGGGAUAUGUCUACUCAUAAAUGUUUUAUCAGCGAGGGAAAUGAUUGCAGGGAAAUCAGACAACUACUUGGUGAUCAUUUUGUUGAACUAUCAAAGAACUGUUACUCGCUUCACGAGCUAUAUGGUAAAGAAAGCACACUGCUCAGAGGGCUCUUGCAUCACCUUGAAAGGUGGGACAUCAGACGAUCGAGGGUAUUAAACCGUGUUAAGUCGAUCAAAAGCGAUGAUCACAGCUUUGGUGUCAAGCUUGCUGGACUUCUUCACAAACGUAACGAUAUCGAUACUGAGAUUGAUGACCUCGAAAGCCGUUUGAGACUAUUAAGAGCAAACAGGGCUGCCGUCAAUUCUGAGAUAGAGGAGGCGAGCUCGGUACUUGAGAGCAAGUCUGCCAAAUAUGUAAAUAUCUUCCGAGAACUUGAAAAACACGGGGAAAGUGUCAUAACCAACUUUUUGUUAUCAAGUGGACUACCUCAAGAUGAAUUGCAGGUGUUGUACAAAAAAGUUCCCGUCGAAGCACUAUUCAAAUAUAAAGGCGCAAAUCAAAAAUCGUCUAGUGAGGUGGUCAAAGCGAGGCCAGCCGAGGAAGCAGCUAAGCGAGAGCAUGGAGAGUCUCCGAAUGCUCAAAAUAUGGGUGCCCAAGCUUACGAGGUUGCUGACGGCGAGACACAACAAGUGACUGAGAAGUCAGCAUAUGAUAGAGGUUACGAGAAAGGCAAUGCGCAAUUUGUUAAGGUCAAGGAGACAGUGUCAUCCAUGGUACACAAGAUUUUCAAUGGCAAAAGAGAUGAAAGGGCCUCACGUAAUGACGUUGAUGAUGAGCUGAACACUAUCACGGAGAAGAUCGACGUAAAUCCCAUUACCGAACUACUAUCGCAACGGAUUAGGGCUCUAGAAGAUCUUAGUGUGUCAUCUUCAAAUCUAUCCGCUGUUCUACAUCAAGAUGGUAUUAUAUGGAGUAAUAUAGCAGCUCUGCUUAACAAAAGAGAAGAGAAGAUGCUCGAGGUGCUAUCCCAAUCGAGAUCAAUGCCUUCUGAGAUGGAAAGCAUGCUCAUUUCCUGCUUUGACACCUUAAAAGCUGCGCUUGACGAAUGGGAAAACAAAAGAAAGGUUGGACAGCCUGUUUAUUUUGAGAGUUUGGUAUACUGCGAGCUCAACGCAGUCGCUCAUGCGUUGGAUUCACUUCGAAAUGACACCAACUAUAGCAAUCAAGUUUCAAGCGCUCAGAUAAUUUUAAGCGACGAUGAUACGGCAUCCCUGAAUUCAACAAGGCCGCUUCUGAGGUUUACAAUGACACAUUAUGGUUACCACCCUCGUUCAACCACGAUUGUUGAUACAGUGACAGAGAAUGUAAAUUCUACUAAUUCGCAAAAAACUAAGAGUUCCGCCAUCAAAGCAACAAAGGAUCUCAAGUUUGAGUAG